AGCCGGCACGUGCUGCUGGGGAACACUGAGCCAGCCGUUUCAGCUCUGCCACCGGCAGCAGAAAGUGGGUGGACCGUUUACACGCAGUCUUCUGCCCACUCCUGACUCCAGGAUGGCUGAAGAAGCCCCCAAGGACCCCUCAAAGCCCAUCGGUGCCUGGGAGGAGAUGAAACCUCCUCAACGGAAGAGUUGGCAAAAGAGCCCACAGCCGAAGCAGGAGCUGUGUGUGCCUCAGCCCUUCCAUGCCGAUUCACCAUCCCCUUGUAAUGCCUCCUGCUUUAUGAGGCCAGACUCGGAGGAGAAAGAGGCCCUGGACUACAUCGACGCCUUUCUCACGAGCAAUGAACAGGACGAGGCCAAGAAACUCAAGUUCUUGGAUUCCAUCAGCACCCUCAGAAGCCUGCCUGCUUUUAUGGACAAAGCCCUGCUAGUGGGGAAGAUAAAGGAGCUGAUUGAUCACGAGUCCGUCGACUCCCUGACCGGCGUGAUGCGUCAGCAAGCAAUGCUCGCCAUCAUGAAGCUGAGAAAAAUGAAGCUACCGCGGCUGGUCCUAACACAACCCAGCCUGCUCGCCACCUGCUUCUCCAGCAUCUUCUCCCUGCCUCCAGCACACACCAUGGAGGAGGUGGAGGCUGCUCUCUACACCAAAACUUUGAAAACCAUGGAUGAGAUGCUGAAGGCCUUGGUGUGCGAGGAUCAGGAGCCCAACCUUCUGGUGCUGCAAAUCAUCUUGAAGGUCCUGCUCCCCUGGACCACAUCCAAGGAGGUACAUGAGCGGCUGAGGGCAGUGGGAAGGAUCAGGUGGCUGAUGGAAUUCAUGGGGUCUCAGUACAAAUUCCAGGGAGUGGAGGAGUUCAGAGUCCUGGGCCAGCUGGUGGGGUGUCUCACUCUGUGCUGUGUGGAGCAGGAGCAGGAGAUCUGGCAAUCGGCUGUGGAGGGACUUCACCACCUCUUCUCCUUCAUGCAGCUGCUAAAAUCCAAAAUGCUAGUGAAGCACGGUGCAGAGUAUCGGCAGAUCCUCAAGGACAGUCAAACUGAGAGAGCCUUCUGGGUCACCAACAUCAGCAAUAUCACAUCGCUGUUUGGGAAGUACUUCAACCCAUCCGAGAGCAUGGACUUCCUCCUCGUUGCUAUCGACGGCGUGAGAGACUCCAGCGUCCAUGACGCAGUGACGGCCAGGAACAUGCUGCAUAUGAUCCUGGAGGUUCCCGGCCUAGGCUUGGUGAGGGUGUCAGAGGCUGUGAGGAGCAUUCAUAAGCACCUGGACUCCAUCAGCGAGCCACUUGCCCGGCAGGAGCUGCUCAGGGCCCUUCUCCUGCUGGGUUCCCAGUUCAGCGAGGAGGUGGUCGGAACCCUGCUGGGCUGCUCACUGUCAUGUGACAGUGUUGCUGCGGAGAUGUGGAAGAUACUGACAUCCCAGCCCAAGAGCACAGAAAAGAUCCUUAGGGAGCUGGUCAGCAGGCUGCAGGGGCAGGCUCCACGACGGCAUCAGCUCUCUCAGAGACCGGCCGGCGUCGCCUCCUUGGCCGCCACAAGAGCCCUAUAUGUGAUCCUGCAGGAGCAGGCCUGCAGGCAGGAAGUGAAGGAGCUCUUCCCUCAGCUCUACGUCGCGCUGCUCUUCCACGUCACCCACACAGUGCAGCACACUGCUUCGCAGGAGAGGGAGCAUAACCAGGAGGACACGGCCGCACCCCUCAGCCCCGUCAGGUUCGCGGUGAAGGCCAUGGAAGCUUUGCUUCUAUGCGCUGGCUACAAGGAGCAGGCCACCUUCAUGAUGAAGCAUGGCCGCUGGGACCUGCUCAUGAGCUCCGACACGCACCACAAAGGUGUCUGCCUGCUUGCCCGGGCCAUGGUUUCGCUCAAUGUCGAGGAGCGAAACUGGAUUUUCCACCAUGUCAUGGCCAUCCUCAACGAUCGGGACGAUAGGCGGUACGUCCCGGCCGUGGCGCUCUUCAUUCAGCUCCUCCAGUGCCCUGACCUUGGCUACGGGCUGGAAGACGCCAUCGUGGAGGAGAUGAGCAGGCAGCUGAGAGACCACCAGACCGUGGUGCGCUGGUUGGGGCUCAAAGGCCUCCUCAAUCUGGUCCGUCUCCCAGAGAAGGUGGGGAAACUCCAGCGUCUGCUGCCAGAUGUCCUGGAGCGACUCCAGGAGGUAGACAGAGCCCUCAUCCACAAGGCCAUCGCCGUGCUGAAACACCUCCUCGCCGGCAUGGACAGGCAGAGCGCCAGCUGCGCGGCUGUGCAAGUGGCUGAGCAACUCCUGCCAUUGUUUGAUGAUGUGACCAGCAAGCUCCGGGUGCUCUCCAUCACCCUUUUUAAAGACCUGCUGGAGCUUGUAAGGUGGCCCAACCGGAGUGAGAUGAAGGAGUAUGUGCUCCAGAGCCUGGUCCCACUGCUCCUCCUUGUUCAUGAUGAGCGUCCCAACGUGUCCCAGGUGUGUUGGGACACCCUCAGCAGUGCCGCCCAAUUCCUGAGGUGGCACCAGCUCAGUGGCCUCAUCCAGCACAAGGAAACCUGGCGAAUCUGUGACUGCCUGGUGAGGCGCUACAAUGGGAGAGCUGAUGACUUCCUGUGCCAGACCAUGGCCUUCCUGCAGAACCCACAGACUCCAGUUAGGGAAGCAGCCAUCAGGUUCCUAGGGCUCACUGCCCGGCAGCUGGACCAGGGGAGCCAGAACAAGUUGAACGCCAUCUGCAAGAACCUCAAAGGCUUGCAGCAGGACAGCAAGUCCUCAGUCCGAUGCCUGGCUUCUCAGACUAUUUUCAUCCUGGAGGCCUUCAAGAACCAGCCUCCAGUUUGCUGCGGCCUAUGGACAUUGGUCCAUAGGAUAACAACAAUGUGCACUGAGGAUAGCCCGCUCAUUGAAGCUGCCCAGCUGCCCUAG